AUGGAAGGGGAGGAGGGGGGGGAGGGGAGGAAGGAGAGAAAGGAGAGAAAGGAGAGAAAGGAGAGGAAGGAGAGGAAGGAGAGGAAGGAGGAGAGAAUUGUAUCGCUUUUUAAGGUUAUGAUGCGAAAGGAGGAGUUAAAUGUGGGAAGUGAGAGAGGUGAUUUUAGAUGUUAA